UCGGUUAAUUAAUUCAUCAGUGAUAUGAGAUGUCUGUCUCCUUAGAUAAUGAGUUCUACUCUCAACUCUGCCGAACUCCCUUUUGUGCCCUAGGUCUCACGGUGGCUCCGCCGUGCCUUGCCGUCUCACGGCACCGUCAAUCGACCACAAUCCCCAUCCGAGGCCCUAGCUUCAUCAGACCCAUUGUAUGAUGGCUCCCCCGGAAGGCGCAGACCUGCCCGAAUCGAGCCUUCCAUGGCUGUGGGUAAUCGAGUACCUUGCAAGCUCCGAGCGGGCGAAUGCGAAGCUCUUAUACGGCAUAAUCGAAUCGGCACCGCUGUCACGCGAUGAGCUGGGAAAGAAUGUGCGGGAGUUGGUUGCAUUGGCGUGUUUGGAGCAGUUGUGCGGCCCGGAGAAAGAAAAGGAAACUAUGUGUUGUGAUCCUUCGAACUCAGACUCGGGCUCGGGCUCCAUAUUUGAGCUGUCCUGGAGCUGCGAAGAUGUUCUAGAGGACAUACUGGAGGAGGGAUCUUUCUCCGAUCUUAGAAUGACUGGCAAAGAACAAUUGAAGGCACAAGUUUGCCGAUUCGUUAUGCAUAAGAGGAAUUCCAUGCCUAAACCUGCUCUAGAACAGCUAAGAGAUACAAUACUUGAAGGGAUGCAUCCGGACGCUGCUUCCUUGAAGCUAAUGAGCGGAUUGGCGUGUUCAUCUGAUAGUCAUAGAGUUUUAGGUGGCAAUGUUGAGCAUGGUGAUGGAAGAAGAGAUAAUGACUCGUGUAUGGGACCAAAUAAUACCGGAAAUUUGGAUGGGAGAAUCAAUGAUGUGGGAGAUCAACGAGAAGUGUUGCCUAGUGAUGCUAAUGAACCGGUGCACUGUCCUGGUUGUUCUCUUCAAAUUGAUGGAGAGGACAGCCCCGAGGAUGAUUUUGAAGAUGCGGAUGGAACUGAUGAUGAUGAGUCUAACAUCUCUAAUCAUACGAUUAGUCUAAGAAGGCGGACAAUAUGGCGGGUUGGUACAAGCCCUGUAGUCUCUUGCCGGAGGCAAAAGAAAGCACCAUGGACGGAGGAAGAAGUAAAGAUACUAAAGGAAUGUGUGGAGAAAUUUCGGAAUGCUGAUGAUAAGACUAUCACGUGGAAGCAAAUACUGGAGUUCGGUGCUGGUGUGUUUAUGCAUGACCGAACUGCUCGGGAUCUCAAGAACAAAUGGACAAACAUCUCCGGGAGGUACCGAAAAUUCAAAUGAUCUGGUCUUGCUUUCGUUUGCUUUAGAGCAAAAGUGUAUAUGCUCGUACCCAUUCAUCAUCUCAUUUGGGCUUUCUGUGGUCUGAGAUCAAAGGGGUCGGAUAGCGUAGAAUUUUGUAUAUGCUAGGCAUGUUUGUUUUUGCUAUGUCUGCCCUAUAACAACUCUGUACAUAUCUACAUGAAGGAGCAGCCUGUUAUAAGAAUUUUCAUCCUCGAGCUUC